AUGGCUUCUGCCCCCGACACCACAUCCAUUCCGGGUUAUACCAUCUUCCGGGAGGGCGACUAUGACAGCGUUGCCGCCACUGCGAUGCUCCCGCAGGGCACUCCCCACCCGCUAGACCAACUCACCAUCAAGGAAAUUCCAGAAGUCGCCAAGCUUGUCCGGGAAUAUGCCAGCCCUAAGACCAUCAAGUUCAACUGCAUCACAUUGCGGGAACCCCGGAAGGCUGAAUACCAUGCUUAUCGCCAGGGCAAGAUCCCAGCCCCCGACCGCCGCGGGUUUGCCAUCAUUAUUGAGCGGGAGACUGAGAAGGUGGCCGAAGUGGUGGUCAACCUGACCAAGGCCAAGGUCGAGGAGUGGAAGGAAGUGAGCGACGUCAUGCCCACUCUCACUCUCGAGGAUUUGGAUGUCAUGGAGCGCAUUGCUCGGCAGGAUUCGCGCGUCAUCCGGGCCUGCAAGGAGCUCGGCAUCACCGACAUGUCCAAGGUCUUCCUGGAUGCCUGGGCCAUUGGCAUCGACGAGCGCUGGGGUUUCGAGCGCCGUCUCCAGCAGGGUCUUGCCUACUACCGGACCUCUGAAUUUGACAACCAGUACGCCCAUCCUUUGGAUUUUACCGUGGUGGCCGACACCGAAAAGGAGGAAGUCCUGAGCGUCGAUAUUCGUCUUGUGAACGGCGAGCGGACCGCUGUGCCUCUCCAAGAGCACAACUACCUGCCACAGUUCAUUGGCGACAAAUACAACCACGAGCGCUUGAAGCCAAUUGACAUCACCCAGCCUCAGGGCGUUUCCUUCAAGGUCCGCGGCAACGAACUGUCCUGGGCGAACUACAAAAUGCACAUUGGCUUUAACUACCGCGAAGGCAUUGUCAUCUCCGAUGUCCGCUCCCACGAUAUGUAUGAGGACCGUGAGCGUACUCUCUUCAACCGCAUCAGUGUCGUCGAAAUGGUGGUCCCAUACGGAUGCCCGGAGAAGCCUCACCACAAGAAGCACGCCUUUGACGUGGGUGAAUACGGUACUGGUUUCAUGACCAACUCGCUGAAGCUGGGUUGUGACUGCAAGGGUGCCAUCCACUACAUGGAUGGAGUUAUGUCAACUUCCAACGGCGAAGCGGCCGUUAUCAAGAAUGCCAUCUGUAUCCACGAGGAGGAUAAUGGUCUUCUUUACAAGCACACCGACUACCGUGACGGCACUGUCAUCUCUGCCCGUGACCGCAAGCUGAUCGUCUCGCAAAUCAUCACUGCCGCCAACUACGAAUACGGCUUCUACCACACCUUCACCCUCGACGGGACCUACAAACUCGAGAUGAAGCUCACCGGUAUGCUCAACACUUAUUGUCUUCACCCAACCGAAGAGGCUGCCCCGUAUGGUACCCAGGUUGCACCCCAAAUCACCGCCCACAACCACCAGCACAUCUUCUCUCUGCGCGUCGACCCUGAGAUCGAUGGCCCCAACAACUCCGUCGUGCAGAACGACGCAGUUUCCUCCUCCGAGCACGCCAAUCCCUAUGGAAAUGCUUUUAUCAGCAAGAAGACGCCUCUGCGGACGUCUUUGGAGGGUGCGGCCGAUUACUGCUACGAGACCAACCGGUCAUGGGACAUCAUCAACCCCAACCGUUUGAACAAGGUCGCCAAGAAGCCCAUUGGAUACAAGAUUCUGAACAACAACUGCCCUCCUCUCCUCGCCAAGCCAGGCAGCACCGUCUAUAACCGUGCCGCGUUUGCCCGCAAACCCCUCUGGGUCACCCCUUACCGGGACUACGAGCUCUUCCCAGCUGGUGACUAUGUCUGCCAGUCAAACGGCGCAGAGAACCACCCUCACAACUCCACGAUCCUGGACUGGGCCAAGCGAAAUGAGAACAUCGAGAACACGGACAUUGUGUGCUAUCUGCAGUUUGGCUUGACCCACUUCCCUCGCACGGAGGAUUUCCCUGUCAUGCCCGCCGAGCCUGUCAGCAUCAUGCUGCGUGCCUCAAAUUUCUACGAGAAGAACCCCGGCCUCUGGGUUCCUCCAUCAGCUAUCUGUGUUGAUACGCAGUCAACGAACGCAUUCCCCACUUCUUGCUGUGCUGGGAAUGCGCCAGGAAACAGCUCAAGACUGUGA